AUGAGCUAUCUGCUGCACUGUAACGGGCUAUUGGGCUUUUGUGUGGCGUUGUACAACCUCGUUUUUGAGAUUGAGCAGAUGGUGUUCGCCGUGCGCGCUGCGCACGGGCACGGUACCGGUACAACGUUUAAGCGAAAUGGCGCGAGUUUUGCCCCGCACCAGCACGCAGCGCAGCGCAGCACUGUUUCAUUCAAAGAUAAGAUGACACCUAUCGCUGCACUCCAAGCAGCCGCAAUGCCCGAACUGUACAGUUCAAUGCCUUCCAGUCCACAGAUCAAUGUGCUAUAUCUGGCCCCAGGACAAGAAAUCAUCAGUCCAGAACAAUUUAGAGCAUCAAACCCAGAGAUAUUGGCUACGGGAGCGGGCACACAACUUGCGAAAAUGUCACCCUCGAUGCUAGUAAAAUACGGUACCCAUGCGUCUCUUAUCGAAGCCAAGAACAUGCUGUAUGUGGCUGAGAGAACAUCAAUACCCAUCCCAAGACUAUUUGCAGCAUAUGCAUACGGGCCUCUAGACCGAGACGUCGACGACUUUGGGAGUGUCUACGAUACAUAUAUCUUUAUGGAGUUCAUCGAAGGCGAAGACCUAGGAAAGUCAUGGGGAAAAUACACCCCUAUUGAGAAGCAAACAAUCUCGACAGACCUAAAGAAGCACAUAACGGAGCUUCGCUCUCUUCCACCAGCCAACUACAUUGGAUCCGUAUAUGAAGGACCAGUCACUGAUGUUAUAUUAGAAUGGUCUACAACUUCCCGAGGUCCGUUUAAAAGCGAAGGAGACUUUAACGCUACAAUUGCCGACACCUUUAUCGCCAAAUCAAAAGGCCAGGUUGGCCCUUACAUCCGUGGCAUGGUUAAUACACAUAAGCAUGGAAUUGUCUUUACUCAUGGGGACCUUAGACCUGACAAUAUUAUCGUCAAGAAUGGUCGUGUAAUAGCAAUCGUCGACUGGGAGAUGGCAGGGUGGUACCCAGAUUAUUGGGAGUUCGUCAAGGCACUUCACCUCGAAGUGUUCACUAAUGACUGGGCAUCACAUUUACUAGGCGUUCUUACACCUUAUUAUUGUGAGCAGUUGAUACAUGCCAAGUUAAUGAGUGUAUUAUGGUAGCUGAUAAUAAAGCUACCGCUAA